ACGAUCAGCUGUUUGGUAUGUUCUAAAUUCUGAUCCAAGGAUCAGCUGGGCGCAGCAAUAACAGCAGAAAAAUCUGCAGGAGGAAAACAAGUGUAAAGCUGCAGGUUUUAAGAAAAAUAAGCGGCGAAAAUUCAGUUUUACAUGGAGUAUUUCUUCUGAGAAGAAAGCCUUUUUAUUUUUAUAGUAUAAAAAUCUACCUCAUCGAAAGGCUACCUAAAGCUGUGCUUUAAGAUUUAACUGUUAUUUUAAAUGUUUUGAUCACCGUGUUUACAACUUGAAAAACAUUGCGGAGGCAGCCCCUGUAAGGUAGGCUGGCCGACAAGCAGCUUCGGUGACGUCAAAGUAAAUCGUCAUGCGAUAGCCUACGUACGAGGUCUUGUUUUGUUUGCAAAGCUCCUCCUUCCUCCUACUUCGAGCCUACUUCAGCUGUCCCUCCCACUUUGGCACUCAAGUCCAAGCUGUUACUGAUUGAACUCUGCGUAGCGUAACGUUCGCGUCCCAUCUGUCAGAUAGGCCUUUGCACCAAUAUCAACUGAACCCUUACAUUUGCACUAAGGAAGCAUUUUGGCUCCACUGGAAAUUGUCCACCAACAAGAUCAAGAAGGGGCUAAAGUGUGAGGUGAAGUGAAGAAAGCCAAGGCAACGUGCAUACACCUUCUGCUCUCGCUAGUCGUGGAAAUAUAAAGAAAUAAAGAACCAUUCAAAGACAGAUAAUAGUCAGUUGGGCAGAAUUUUGAAUAGAAAAGGCAACUUCUAUUGAGGACCACCCCAAAUUCCACCUGAUCCCAUCGCAGAACCCUUCAACUCGGCCAUGUUCCAGCGUCUGAGCAGCCUGUUCUUCGGAGAGGUUGAAGAUGCAUCCACAGACCUGAAGGGGCCCAAGCCAUGUGUGACAGAAGCAGAUGAGGAAGGCUGGCUGCUAGUAAACCUGCCUGGGGAAGAUGGCUGGGUAGAGUCGGUGAAAGGCAGUACUGAAACGCCAGCGCCACCAUGUUCUUUGGCACACAAUGAUUGUCUGGUGGUGGAGCCAUGCAAGCCCUCACAGACAGCAGCCCCUCCCCCAUGCAAUCACCGCAGGACUAAAGUUGGUGUGAUGAGAGCAGUAGAACUCUCUUUCCUUGUCUUUCCUGAUGGGUCAGAGGACAGGGCAGUACUCUUUGGCUCCUCCCCUCUCCCGCAAGGCUCCACCCCAGCAUCCCCAGGCUCUCGGAGUGACUGUAGCAGCGGCCCUGAGCGCUGCUGUAUGGAUGAGAGCUGGUUUGUCACCCCUCCCCCCUGUUUCACUGCAGAAGGGGCCACUGCUGAAACCAGCCCCAUGGAAGACCUCCUAAUUGAACACCCCAGCAUGUCCGUCUACGUCUCCCCUAGCAACCUGUCUAUCGUCGAGGAGAGUACAGCCAGCCUGGGUGUCAGCGUAAGCAUGGUGACGGAUCCCGCACCCCCUGCUGUGCAGACCAACGCGCCCCGCAGAGUCACCCGGGGGACGGCCUCACAGGCGGGGCAACUGGGCAAAGUGACCCAGAUGCCCCGCGUGCAGCGGGCCAAGGCGCGGGCCGACCGCCGCCACCUUAGCCGCAACCGCCUGCAGCGGCAGAACCGCGUCCGAGAGCAGGCCCCCCGCCACACCGCUCAUGCCCGCGGCUCCUUCCUGCAUCAGCCGUGCCAGCGUAGCUGCAGCCACUGAGGUGCCUGGAGGGGGUGCUGUUUACACCGAGGGCAUUAUAACUCCCUCACUCACACCCUGUCACCCCCUCUGCACCUUCUCCAGCCCCUGACUCCAUCACAGGCGCCUCCUUUCAUCCUCUCUGCCAUCAAGCCCUCCUUCACACUCUAGGUGGUCCUGUGUUUGUCCACCCAAGGUACCUGUUAGCAUUGUAAUACUAGAAAAAAGACUUACUGUUGCCUGCAUGUCUGUUUCACUCGUCUCUCAAAUGUUAUUCAUUUUCCUUUCCUUUCUCAUUCUCCCGAAGGGAACGCAUUUGACCCAAACACCCAAGGAAUCACUGAAAUAGAUUGAGGCCCCUUUUUUAUUUAGAAAUGAAAUUUAGGACGGCAUUAACUCCCACAUGCUUAAAACAUUUCUUUGCGCUGGGAGCUCAAGAAGGCUUUAAACCUGGGUGUGGAGAGGCUAAAGUUAAAACCUUGUCUUAAGGUGAUCUCUGCACAAGGACAGGCUUUCCUCAAAGACACACUAUGGACAGUUCUGCCUUGGUACAGUGUACGUGCAUGUGUGACUAUCUGAGCAUGUCUACAUAAGUGAUCAUUUUAAUAGACAGGGAUCUUUACAGAAAGGACAGGACAAGGACAUCCAUAUGAAGUAUCAGUUCCUUAUUUGCUUUCAAGUAUGAAUUGAAAAAAUAAUUGUUUAUUUUUUGAUUCCAAAGAGGAAGAAAAUAAUACCGUGGAAUGUGUUAAACUUCCUUUCCCUGUUCCUGGAGCAAUGAAGCAUCUCAGGUCAUGUUUAGUGAAGUCUAUUUAGUUUACCCUGCAAGGAGAUAAUGGACAGAAAUCGGUACUCAGGGACAGGGGAAGGGUUUUUUCUAACACUGAGGGUUAAAGACAUGUAAAGGAAUGUAAGAGCAAGACGAAAACGAAAUUAAAAGGAUGUACAUCAGGGCUGUUCAGCUAUUAGCCAUUUGAUAAUUAAAAAGCAUGUACAAAAUGCAUUAUGCACAUGCAUAAACAAUUGUCACGAUGUCCAGGUCUGCAUCUGCACAGUGUUCACAUACCUUCCACCACUGACAAAAUAAUAAUUAAGACGCAGACAUAUUCUAAGAAUGCAUACAAAUGAACAUAUUGCUUAUUGACAUAUUGUUUGAUAAAUUACUUUUGGAAAAUAUCUGGCUUGUAAGCAUCAUUUUUAAAUAUCUGGCCCUCGUGAAAUGGUAUUUUGAAGAACCCUGAUGUACAUGAUAGUUGAAGUAGAGAACAAGGGAAGGAAAUGUUGUAUGUAAAGAGUAACCCUAUGAACAUCUAAUGACAGUUUUAUUUAAGUGAUAUCUCAUCAAUAUAGCAAUAAUCACAUGCAAUAAAGCAAUUUCUCAAAAUAUGCUGCAGUACUAUGAAAGGAACAUUUGAUCAUUAUAUCUUGCCAUUUGAAGUUCUGACCAUGUAUCAUAACUGUGACUUAAACUUCUUUAUGUUUAGUACAGUCUAUCUCAUUGUAUACUUUUAGACACUUUGCAUAUAGAUGUGAUAAGCAGCAUAAAUGAGAAUUGCAAUAGUGUUUUGCAAGAGUUUUGAGUAUUUUGAAAGAAUGUAUAUACAUUUUAGGGUUCUUGGAGGGUUGUGGGAUGAGGUGUGUUAAGUAAGUUAAAACACGGUAUAGAAGGCCAUUCUUUAUCAUUUUUUCUGAGCAUUUGUACUUUUCCCCAAGAUUAUGGAAACUAAACCUUUAGGCAUUGUAGGGCUCUCUUUUCCCAGUGUCUACUGGUUACAUUGUCUCACUGUGAAAGCCUGUCCUUGUAGUGGCUAAGAGGUUAAGACUAAUAGCGAUUGAUGCCAUUUUUCCACAAAUCUAAGUGCUGCAGUUUGGCCGAGUUCAUGCCAUCACUGUGAAACAUAUACCUUAAGAAAGCAGAGAAAAACCAUCUUCCUCUUUGCGCCUCCCACAUUUGUUCUGUUAAAGCAGUACCAUUUCCAUAACCCGCGUGACAUCAUCACAUUUCCAGGAAAAGUGUCCUACUGAAGCCAAUCCCAUCAUUGUGAAUCAGUAUUAUGAGUGUGCUUGGGGAGGAAGCCAGUCUGUAUGUCCCCUGCCCCUCCGGCUCCCCUUCCCCCCUUCUGUUUUCAUUAUGUCCUCUGAUCAGUGUUAACUUGAUCUGGUCUUUUGGUUCAAACUUGCAGUCUCCAAGGACAGAAUGUUUCUAACCAUGAUGUAUUUUCCCCAUGAUAUCUUUCUUUGAUAGCUCAUCCAAAUGUAACCAUGUCCUCCACUUAAAGAUAUGCAUAUAUUUAUUAAAAAUAAUAGUAACAAAAAAGCCUAGCAUUACGUAUGGUGCUGAAGUAUAUGAAUAUAUAUACUAAAGUUUGUAAAUUGAAAAUAAUUGAUAUAAGUUUGCAUUUUUUGUCUUAUCUUUUUGUGAGUUGAAGUUUUAGCAGUGUGCUGUGUGUUGUUCCUAUCUGAAAUUUGUGUAUGAGAGAUGUAUGCUUUCAUGUACAGGUUAAAAUGUGCAUUUUUAAAA